CAAAACAAAUUGGGGAAAACGAAAGGAGGACUAAGCAAAGAUCAAAAUUUAAAGAUUUUAGACUAUAUUAGUAUAUAGACUCUAGAUCUAGACUGUUUCUAACAUUACUUUCGUAUACCCACUGUAAAAUAUAAAAAAAAAAAUCAAUCAAUAUCAUAAACUCUAAAUCUAGCAUCUCAGGCACUCAGGGAAACAUUUAGACUACUUAUUUAGAUUUUAGAUCUAGAUCUAGUAACAUUUACAUUACAGUAUUACAGUAUAGUAUUACUGUUAAAUCAUAACAAUGGCACACAUUCAAUUUGCACCAUUUAGUAGUGUUGUUGAUCCUGGAUUUUGGCACAAGUUGACCGAAAAAAAGCUGAAUGAAUAUGGAUUAGAUGACAGUGAAAGGCUUAUUCACGGCUUCUUCUCUGAUGGAAAUGCACCAGGGAUGCCACCACAAUUGAAUUUGGACUACUUAGCUUUUAACAGUCAGUUUAAUCCUCCCUCACAGAGUUUUCCUGCUUAUGGAAUACUUCACAACACAAACACACUUGAAAGUUUUAAAGAAAAAGACAAGAAACUGUUGCUUGCAAAUGCUGGGGAGGAGUUGUGGAAAGAUUUCCAGAGUGGAGUGUUUUUACAAGAACCAGAAAAACUCUGUAGAUUUCUCCUACUUACAUUUGCUGACUUAAAGAAAUAUCACUUUUACUACUGGUUUGCCUUCCCAGCCCUGAAAUUUCCAGAGAGAUCAACUCUUACAGAAGAACCUGCUAUGUUGGAGAAUAUAUAUUCACCUGAAAAAUUAACCUCUCUCAUAUCAGCAUACCAUUCCUUCCAAACUGACAGACCAAACUACGCCACCUGUUUCUUGAUACAAGAGGAUGGGGACAACUUCACAUUCUAUGAAUUUGCUCAAUUAGACGUUUUAAUAUCCAAAAGAAAUGUCAUUGUAGGUGUGUGUGAUCCAAGCUCACUUGACAGUUAUCCUGGCUGGCCAGUCAGAAACUUGAUUUCAUUCCUAACUUAUAAAUAUACAGGUGUUGUUAAAAGUAUCAAAGUACUUUGUGUCAGAAAUAGAACUCAUGAUGGUGUUAAGCAUUUUGGUAAAAGUGUUUUGUUGACAGUAGACAUUCCUGCUCUGAAUAAGAAUAUAGCAGAUGUGCCAGAAUGUGUUGGCUGGGAGAAGAAUGAAAGACAAAAACUUGGACCAAGGAUGGUCAACCUGAGCAACACCAUGGAUCCAGUCAGGCUAGCGGAAUCAGCUGUUGAUUUAAAUUUGAAAUUAAUGCGUUGGCGACUGCUGCCUGACCUUCAACUUGAAAAGAUUGCAUCAACAAAAUGUCUUAUCUUGGGGUCAGGAACUUUAGGAUGCAAUGUAGCAAGAUUACUUAUGAGCUGGGGAAUCCGUCACAUUACCAUGGUAGACAACUCCAAAGUUUCAUUCUCAAAUCCUGUGCGGCAAACUUUAUUUACUUUUGAACAUUGUUUGGAAGGGGGACAACCUAAGGCACAAGCUGCUGCUAGUAGUCUCAGAACAAUAUUUCCUGGAAUGAAAUCUGAAGGGAAAACACUUUCCAUACCCAUGCCUGGUCAUGCCAUAAUAGAGUCAUUGGUUGAACAGACCAGAGCAGAAGUGAAAGAGCUAGAAGAAUUGAUUCAAUCUCAUGAUGCCGUUUUCCUCCUAAUGGACACUAGAGAAAGUAGAUGGCUGCCAACUUUGAUAUGUGCAUCUAAAAAGAAGAUUGUUAUAAAUGCUGCACUUGGAUUUGAUACAUUUUUAGUUCUACGGCAUGGUGUAAAAACAGGAAAAGCAGACGGCUCAAUGCCUUCUUCAAUGUUAGAUAAAAUAGCUGGCAGUUUGUUGGGCUGCUAUUUCUGUAAUGAUGUUGUAGCUCCUGGAAAUUCCACCACUGAUCGUACUCUUGACCAGCAGUGCACAGUAACCAGACCUGGCAUAUCAAUGGUAGCAUCAGCCCUAGCUGUGGAACUUCUGAUAUCCAUACUGCAACAUCCUCUAAGAACUGAUGCCCCAGCAGAAGUGAAUUCCUAUGACAGUAGUCUUCUGGCAGAGUCAGAUUGCUCCUUAGGUAUUGUACCACAUCAGAUUCGUGGAUUCCUUUCAAGAUAUCAGCAGAUCUUGCCAGCAACUCAGGCCUUUCACAUGUGCACAGCCUGUAGUGCUAAGGUGAUUGAAAAUUAUGAGGAGCAUGGUUUUGAGUUCUUACUAAGAGCAUUCAAUGAGCCAGGCUACCUGGAAGAGCUAACUGGCCUCACAGCUAUGCAGACUGCGACUCAAGAUGCAGAGGUCUGGGAUCUAAGCGAUGAUGAGGAACCAGAGAGUAUGGAAGCAACCACUUAGUCAACUUGUAUACAAAACCUUUAGACAUUGUUCAAUUGCCAUUUGUAAUGCGCUUUUUGUUUUUCCAAAAAUCAAAAUGUAGUGUUUAAAAAAAUUGUUUGUUGGAGAAUUCUGUAGUGCCUAGUCCUUAAUUACUAAAAUUUAUGUUUUUUUUUAAAUCAAUCCUUGUGUAAAUCUUACUCAAUUUCACCUCACUUAAAAUGUACAAUCACUGAAAGUGCUUUUUUUUUUCGUCUGAGAAUUUUCUUUUUUUCUAGAUCAUUCAAACAACUUAAGAAUGAAAUUCAUUGAAAUACAAAUUCAAAAAGUAAAUUGCAUAGGGUUCCCUUUCUUCCGUAAGCCUGCAAUGGCCAAGUUGAAAUUUAUCUUUUUGAGUGACAAGGCUAGUGGGUAUUUGGUUUAAGCAACUUCAGUAUAUUGAGGUUUGAUUAUAUUUUUUAUCAGUUUAAGAAUUAUUUUAUUGAUGUCUUAUCCGGGUCUUAUUCCAUGACUUUACAUUUUUCACUGUGCCAUUUGCCAACUAGCUUUUUAUGUCUUUAUGUGGUUAUCCUUACAUGACUGUAUGAUUAGUAUAUGGCUUGAAGCUGGUAUUGCCUAGAGCUGAGGGCAAAUUUUUUAAAAAUUUCAUUCUUACAUAAUUUCAUCUUUGAGACAUCAUUCAGUAAUUAUUUAUGCUCACAUAUUUAAAGCUUUAGAUAAAUCAGCUUUUUGGUUUGUACCAAGUGUUAUUGAUAUGAAGCUAAAUUAAGUCUUUCUGAGCUCAUUUUUUCAUGUUACAUUUCAAUUUUUUUAAAUUUUAUCUUCAACAGUGCCAUAUAAAUGGUGAUACACUUUAUUCAGAAUAUUUUAGGAUGGUCCUUUUUUUUUCUUUUCUUUGAUAGGUGCCUUUAGAAAUGUUAUAAUAUAUUCAGUUUAAACUGUUCAAUUAAAGAAAAUGUAAUAUGAUGAAGAUUAUUCAGAAAAAUGUGUACUAUGAAAGUAGUUUCUUAAACAUAAAAGAGAUCAAAGAAUAGAGAAAGUUUUUUUUUUCUCAACAAGAAAAUGUUUACAUUUGAGUCUAGUCCUCAAAAUUGAAAAAUAUUUAAAAACGCAAGUUCUCAGGCCAAUAUUUUGUAUGCAUAACUUCAGGCUACUCAGCUGUCUGAAGACAAUGUCAUUAGUUCAUCACUAUCACAAACUGAUUUUUUUUCUAAAAUAAAAUGUAUGUAUAUGUCUGUGCAAUAAAUGUGACCCAAAAUUUAAA